AUGUUCUUGUUAUAAAAGAGAAAAGAAAAGUCAAUACUCAAUACUGCCGAAUUAUCAGUCUUACUCUUGGCGGGCAGACAGGAAAUUCCAUUCUAAUUGCAGUAUUGCACAAUCUUCUUGAUUCACAUUAGUUCUUCUAGUGUCAGGAAAUUGCAAAUCAAGUGGAGUUUGGGAGGCUGUAAGUUUAGCUGCAUAUUUCAAAUAUUUCAUAACUCCUGCAUAUUUGGUGUGCUUUAAUGGCAUCAAGGCGCAAUGUGAAAUACUCUCACCUUGCCACUGAUGAAGAUGGAGUAAACGAUUACAAUGAUGAUGGCCAUAUAAAGGGAAAACCAUUUGAUCCUCGGUUUGAUUACACACCGAAGUGUCUUGACAAAGUUCCAUGGAAAUCAAUUAUUCUCGCACUGUUCCUUCUCUUCCUUGGUUCAUUUCUUCUCUUUCUAUCUUUUUUCAUUUUCACUGGUCAUAUGGGAGGGGAGCGGUCUCAAGCAUAUGGUCUCCUUGCACUUGGAAUUCUUUCCUUUCUUCCAGGCUUCUACGAGACUCGGAUUGCAUAUUAUUCAUGGAGAGGUGCUGCCGGCUACCGUUUUGCAGCCAUCCCUGACUACUGAGUCUUGUCCCUCAAGAUUUGCACCUCUGGUUCAUGUAUCCACUUUGUAUCUCCUAGUCCGUUUCUUGAUGCUAUAUUGCAUGUCUGUUGUAUAGAGCACUUACUUUUAGGAGUUUUGUACUUGCAGUAGCAUCCAGUAUUUUUACAAGUUUUUAUCUUUAAUGCUGGAUCAUAGUGCACCAGUCUUUUUGUUCUGAUUACAUUUUAAAUGACACUCAGCCCUAACUGAAAGUCAUGGGCACUGGGUUAUAUAGUUUGCGUUCUUGUGUAUAUUUGAAGCCAGUGGAACAUCAUCUCGGAUGCGGUUGUGGAAGAGGGUUCUGGAGGGGUUUGAAACGAUUUGUCCUUGUAUGGACUAUGGACAAGGGUGCACAAGCCUUUCGUAGGAGAGGGUGUAGUGUGGCUCAAUUGGUGUACCUCGAAUUAUAAGAGUAGAGUAUUCCUGUCAUAAUUGUUACGGUGAGGAGUGGAAGAGCCACGUACUUUCGGUGCUUGAGCAUCACAUGUCUGGAUUGAAGCUGGGUAUGUGUAGUGCAUGUGAAACUGUCAAAAGUACAUUGCUCUAUGCUGGUUGGAGCACCAUAUGUCUUCGGAAUCAGCCAAGAUUUACCUAAUUUUAGGUUAAAAGAACAGAAGUGUACUGGCCCAUCCUUCAAACUCCCUAGGCAUGGUGUCGAUGGCGGCAUGGCGCCCUUAUCCCUAGCCUUCUAGGAAAAUAAUACACUCGUAUGUUUUUUCACUAAAUAAUACUCCAUUCGUC